ACGGGUCAGAUCUUACACACUCUGCUGUCUGAGAACUACCAGAGAAAUGAACCCUGGAUACCCAACUGAGGCUGUUGCUCUGCAGGGGACAAGGAACGAUGGACAAGCAGCGCAGCAUCAGUACGUCAUCAACAUGCCUGCUGAACCCCCCAUGGACCACGUCGUCUGGUCCAUCUGCUCCUUAAUGCACGGGAACUGCUGUUGCCUCGGACUGGCGGCUCUCAUCUUUUCUGUCAAGGCCAGAGACCGGAAGGUGAUUGGAGACGUGAACGGCGCCCGACACUACGGCUCCACAGCUCGCUCCCUCAACAUCGCAGCCACGAUCCUGACCAUCCUAUCUGCUAUUAUUCUAAUCGUUGUCGUGGCAGGGCAUAUCAGCGUUCUUUAUCACACCAUCACCAGCUCCAACGGCGGUAGAUACCGGUACAAAUGAAAAGUUGAGCUCUGUCUUAUAUUGUUCAAAUGGAAACACGCUCUCCCUCCUUCCCUCCUCCAGGAGGUCUUAGCUCAUACUAAACUCAAAAAGAUCAGGUUCUCACUUUCAAGCUCCGGCAACUACCAUUCACCCUGAAAAUAACCGAAAGGGAAAUAAUUAGAAAUUAAUAGACCCCUUUGUUGUUUCUGUGUUUUUGUUUUGCUUUUAUACAAGUUCCUCAGUUUCACCUUAGUCUUUAUUUCUCUUAUUUUAUUUCUCAUUUCAUUUAGCUUCUUAUCUAUUCAUUAUUUCUUGUGCUUUUCUGUUUUUGUUUUAUUUCUGAUUUGGGUAGAGUGGGUUACGUUAAGAUUUCUGAUGUUUAAUACCCUUGUAGCACUUACUACCAACACCUACCAAUGAAACAUCUUGUCACAUUGAAUCAUUUAUUGACUGUAUGUGAACUGAAAAAAAACAAAUAAAAAGAAAAGUAGAGCUCCACUGUGACUUGCUGAUACCUGCAGGGUUCGGCAGUUCUUUAAAUACCAUUUGUAACUUUUUCCAAAGCUAAAACGUUUCUGACUAAGUAUGUCUUUUUUCCCCCCACCCUCUCUGUGAAGAGCAACUCUUGUGGUCUCCCACAGUGGCAGCGUGUUUCCUUGCAGCUCAUGUUCUCAAGAAGCUGAAACGCUUCAUGUCUAAAACAUUUGGAAACAUUUUUAUAAAUAAAAAAAUCAAUACAUUUUUCCUCGUGACUUUGAUAUUUGUGCGUUUCUGCUGUG